AUGAAAACUGGCCUUCUUGUGAUUUCUAAGCAGAAUUUUGCUGAAAUACAGGAUUUUUUGAAGUCUGCAAACGAUUCUGGUGUGGAACGACUUUAUGUGAGAUUAUCAAUUCCUCGAACUGAUGAUCAGAUUUCAAAAAUCUACCUUCUUUCCGCCAAUUUGUGUCCAAAAGUCGAUGUUCGGAUCCUUGCAAAACCGCAGAAUCCUUUGGAAACAGAUGUACAGUUGUUUGGCUCCGAAAAACCUUUAGAAAGUUCUGGAAAAAUCGAGAAAAAGUAUAAAAAAGUAGUUUUGGGAGGCACAUUCGAUAGGCUACACAAUGGACACAAAGUUUUGCUCAAUAAGGCAAUCGAGCUGGCUUCCGAGGAGAUUGUCGUUGGAGUGACUGAUAAGGAAAUGAUUAUAAAAAAAUCUCUAUACGAAAUGAUCGAACCAGUGGAGUACCGUAUGCGAAAAGUGGUCGAAUUCGUGGAAGAUGUUUCAGGAGAGGCCAAAUGCACUACAGAGCCCAUCAUUGACCCGUAUGGACCAUCCAUACGGAUUCCAGACCUCGAAGCCAUAAUCGUAUCAAGAGAGACUGUAAAAGGAGGAGACGCAGUGAACAAGAGACGUCUCGAAAAUGGAAUGAGCCAGUUGGAAGUGAUUGUUGUGGAGUUGGUGGAAGGAUCCGAUGUGAUUCUGAAUGAAACAAAAAUCUCGUCAAGCUCCAGAAGACGUGAAGAUCUAGGACGUCUUCUGAAGCCUGUUCAGAAUCCGAGGACUCCAUAUUUGGUCAAUUUGAACGGUGGAAGUGGAUCAGGGAAAGAGGAAAUCGGAGAGAUGCUGAAAGACAAAGCGGGAAUUCAAGUUUUAAAUUGGGAUGAGAUGUGUGAAGAAGAAAAGAGUCAAGUUUUGAAAUUAGAAGCUUCCAGAAUUUCCAAGGAGAAAGUUGUUGUCCUUCUCUCCUCGGACCCUCUGGAUUUUACCUCCGAAAUCUGGUCCAUCUUCCUUCCAUCAUUAGAAGCCAUCAAAAGAAUCAUCGAGAAGAAUCCGGAAAUUUCAGAAGACGUCGCAAAGGAACGUCUUCAAGCUGAAAUUCAGAAUAAGGAGAGAAUCGAGAAGUGUCACGUGGCAUUUUGUGCACUUUGGAGUGAAAAGGAGACAAAGGAGCAGGUGGAGAGAGCUGUGGAGGAGUUGAUGAAAAGAAUUUGA